AUGGGUCAGAGCAACGGAAAGCCCGUCGUCUUCACCGACCAAGUCAACCUCAACCACUUCCGUCUACUACGCGUCGUCGGCAAGGGAGCCUUUGGCAAGGUCCGCAUCGUCGAGCGGAAAGACACUGGUCUAACCUUUGCUCUCAAAUACAUCAGGAAAGAUGAGAUUGUACGGUCCGAGAGCGUACGCAAUAUUAUUCGCGAACGACGUAUGCUCGAGCAUCUCAACCACCCCUUCCUCUGCAAUUUGCGAUACAGUUUCCAGGAUAUCGAAUACCUAUACAUUGUCGUUGAUUUGAUGAACGGCGGUGAUCUUCGCUUCCAUAUCUCGCGAAAGACAUUCACAGAAGACGCUGUGCGGUUCUGGAUAUCCGAGCUCGGCUGCGCUGUUCGAUACAUACAUACUCAAGGCAUCGUGCACAGGGAUAUCAAACCCGACAACGUGCUGCUAGAUUCCGAUGGCCAUGUGCAUCUCGCUGAUUUUAACGUUGCGUCGGAUUUCACACCUCACAAGCCCCUGACGAGCAAAUCCGGUACUCUCGCCUACCUGGCGCCGGAGGUCUACGAAGGCAAGGGAUACUCGUGCGAGGUGGACUGGUGGUCACUAGGCGUGCUAUUCUACGAGUGCAUCUACAACAAGCGUCCAUUCGAAGCAAGUAGUCAUGACUCGCUCGCUCAGAAGAUCUCGAAGGGAGAGCCUACCUACCCCGUUACGAAUCCACCCGUAUCGAUGCCUUGUCUGCACGCUAUAAGUUCGCUAUUGGAGAAAGACCGCUCAAAGCGCAUUGGCGCAAUCGGAUUUGAAACAUUCACGGACAGUCCAUUCUUCCGUCCGCUCGAUUUCGGAGCUCUGGAGAGGAAGGAAAUUGAUCCAGUGUUCAUCCCGUCAAGCGAUAAGACCAACUUCGACGCCACCUAUGAUCUGGAAGAAUUGCUCCUAGAGGAAGCGCCCCUGGAAGCAAGAGCUCGGAGACAAAAACCUCGCGAGGCCCUCAAAGAUGAUGCGACGGAUGCCGAGAUUCGAGCUGAAGAAUUGCAUAAGAUGAUUGAAACACUCUUUGAGCCUUUCAACUACACGACGGUGCCAGACCAGCGCCCUGCUGCCAUUGCGGUUGCAGAUCCUGUCGAUCCCCUCAACGUCUCCCGCAUCAGCAACAACAGCAAUAGUGAACAUACCCCGACUUCGUCGACAUCGCAUCAAGAUCACUGGAACCGCCGAGACCAGGAUGGGGACAGAGAUUUGCGACCCACUCGAUCUAUCAACACACGUUCGACCACACACUCGCCCAAUGGCAGUCCUCCUCUUGUAGCGGCGGCCCUUAGUCAACAGCCUUCGGAUUCACCGACUUCUCAGCGCGGAGAGGGAGCCGAUUAUUUCCCGACAGAUGGACAACCAGUCUCCUACUCGCGUCCGAUGAACAAUCGCCGAGGAGGACCUCAGCGUAGUACCAGUAUGGGCGGCGGCGUACAGGUAGUUCUCAACGAGACCGGCUCGUGGUCCGAUAUGGCUAAUCAGAGCUCUUCGCUCAUACAGAAUCCUAACGCUGAGAGGCCAUCAGGCAUGCUUGGCUUCCUCAGCCGCAAAAAGGGCCGUGACAGGAGCCCUAAGGCGAAAGAGAGGGGUGUGCUCGGGAAAGAAGGCGCACGCGUCAUUAUCAGCAACACCUGA